UUGAGUAGCUGGCAAACACUUGCUCUAUGCGUAGCGAGCAUGUUGGUAGAUGGGACAGAUGGAGAAAAGGAGAGGAUGAGCGUACUACAUUAGUCAGGAUUUUCAUUAGAAUAAAGCAGAAUGACUAGUGUUUUUUUGAUUUACUGAACCUUUUUCCUUCGUGUUUGUUCUUCUUGCUUGCUCCCCAAAAUGACCACCCGUGGACCUAGCAUCGUGUUUGAGUGGCUGAAGACCCUCCAGCUCUCUCAGUAUGUGGAGUGCUUCGUGGAUAAUGGCUAUGAUGAUCUGGAAGUUUGCAAACAAAUUGGGGACCCCGACCUGGAUGCUAUCGGUGUCUACAUACCGCACCAUCGGCGAAGGAUCAACAACGCGGUGCAAAGGCUGAAAGAUGAGGAUGAGGAAGCCGCCGGGCUUUACUUCACACUUGAGCCGAUGCCCACCACACCCCCCAACAGCCACCUGUUGGAACAUUACGAGUCCAAACUCUGGGGGUCAAAGUCUUGGACCGAACCGGACAGUGACUGGGUCGGGAGGAACGGCGCAUAUCUGUGCGCGCGAAGGAACCUGAUGCUUGGUAACCGAAGGGAGUUGGUGAUUUACCCCAAACUGAAGCUGAAGAUCAUGAUUAGGGAUAAAGUCAUCAGAGAUGGCAUCAACCUCGCCGGGCCACCAUACUCAAACAAGGUAUAUAAGUCACAAAGGUUUUUGGUGUGCUUUGUCCAGUGUUGA